AUGGCAGAACAUUCGCCCGUGGAUACAGACACGAAGGCUGCCAAAGGAGAGAUUGUAGUUACUCAAGAUAUGGAUGCUGUCCUGAUGGAGUUUCACAAGGUGACUGCCGCUAGAGGUCCUUCUUAUGCUGGAUGCCCAUCUGUUGGGUGCGGCGAAACUCGAUAUGGGUGUUGCCCUGAUGGAAUUACUCCAGCUGAUGGACCUAAUGAAGCUGGAUGUGGUUGUAAAGCGUCGCGGUUUGGCUGUUGUCCUGACCGUAUAAAUGCAGCAAGGGGACCAGAUUAUGCUGGAUGCGUAAUACCUACACCAAGCAGCCAAGUCGAUUGUGAAUCGGAAAUGGAUCCUGGUACUUGUUUUGAAUAUGUUACAAGAUGGUUCUUUAAUGUAACAAGUUCAAGAUGUGAACAGUUCUGGUAUGGCGGCUGUGGUGGUAACAAUAAUCGAUUCGACAACGAGAACGAAUGCACCCGGAAUUGUCGGCGACGUCGACCCUCACCGACUACCGCGAGCCCUCUAGAUCCCUGUCGACUGCCGUACGACGAAGGAACAUGUAGCUCCAGUAACCCUGUUAAACGUUGGUACUACGAAGAGUUUUCUCGCAGCUGCCAGGUGUUCUGGUACAGUGGCUGUGACGGUAAUGAAAACAACUUUGAAUCAGAGUCUUCAUGCGUGCAACGUUGCUUUCUUCAUGAUCCACCCGAAACUGUCACGUUAGCUCCGACAGAACCUCCAUUUUCCAGGGACCCGCUUGAAAUUUGUCAUCUGGAAUUACAGGCGGGACGCCUGAGAUCAGCUCCUGAUAUCAGCGCCUAUCAGCUCCCGGUAUAUGCACCUGAGAUCAGCGCCUGGUAUCAGCACCUGAGAUCAGCGCCUGCGCCUGAGAUCUACUCCUGGUAUCAGCGCCUGAGAUCAGCUCCUGAUAUCAGCGCCUAUCAGCUCCUGGUAUAUGCACCUGAGAUCAGCACCUGGUAUCAGCUCCUGGUAUCAGCGCUUAAGAUCUACUCCUGGUAUCAGCGCCUGAAAUCAACUCCUGGUAUCAGCGCCUGUGAUCAGCUCCUGGUAUAUGCACCUGAGAUCAACGCCAGCUAUCAGCGCCUGGUAUCAGCGCCUGAGAUCAGCGCCUGGUAUCAGUUCCUGGUAUCAGCGCCAAAGAUCUACUCCUGGUAUCAGCGCCUGAGAUCAGCUCCUGAUAUCAGCGCCUGA